AUGGGAGAUAAUAAAGAAGAUAUUAUUAAACUAAAUGAUAGAAAAGAUACCCAAAUAAAAGAACAACCAUUAAAUACAGAAGUGUCAAAAUUAGACCCAUUAGAAGUUAAUGAGAUAGAAAGAAAAGAAAAGAAAAUAAAUGAGAUUGAAUCUGAUGAGUAUGAAAAACAGUUAAAAGAAGAAGAAGAGUUUAGAAAGAAAAGAAAAUGUGACACUGUCCUAAGUGAAGCAGUAAACAGUACUGAAUAUAAUCAACCAGAAUAUAUUGAAGUUACUGUAAGUUCUCCAGAAUUAGUUGUAGACUCAACAGGAAAAUAUACAGUCUAUACUGUGACAACAAGAUCUUCUCAUCAAGAAUAUGCACCAGGAAAUUAUUCAGUAAAAAGAAGGUAUUCUCAAUUUCAGUCAUUAAGAAGUCAAUUAAAAACAAUACAAAAACAAUCACCACAAGCAAACGAUUGGGGAAAAAUACCAAAAUUACCAGGAGAUACUUUUAAAUCAUAUUAUAUACCUGGUUAUAGAUUUAAACCAGAAUUUACUGAACAACGAGCAAAAGAUUUAACAAGGUUUAUUAAUAAUUUGCUUAAACAUCCAUCAUAUUUAUUCAAUGAAGUUACAAUUAAUUUUUUAACAAAACCUGACUUUGAAAUAAUAAAACCAAAAACUCAAAUAGUAUGGGGAAAUGGUGAUGAAAGUUCAUCAUCAUCAGAAUAA